AUGGCACAUCCCCCAAUGGACCAAAUGGACCAAGCCGACCACGCCCAGCUGGCGCUGACCUCGCACCCGGUCAUGUCGCCCGACUUCACGCUGCGGCCGGCGCGCGAGUCGGACAUUCCCGCGCUGAACGCCAUCCACGCGCACUACGUGCAGCACACGGUGGCCACGUUCACGACGACGCCGCUGCGCGACAUCGACUUCCUCGUCGCCUUCCGCACCGUGCGCGCCGCGAAGCUGCCCUACCUCGUCGCCGCCCACGCCUCCAACGCCCCCAUCGGCUACGUCUACGUCUCGCCCUUCCGCGGCGCCAAGCAGGCCUACCGCCAGACGGUCGAGUUCUCCAUCUUCUGCCACCCCGACCACAAAGGCAAGGGCAUCGGCUCGGCGCUGCUGGAGCGCCUCUUGGCCGUGCUGCGCAACCCCGAGGAGUGGGGCGAGGAGUGGAUCGGCGCCGUGUGGCGCGGGGAUGAGGGCAGGGUGCGGCAGGUGAUUGGAUGUAUGGCGCUGGAUGAGCAGGGCAGGAAAGGCGGGUGGGGACUGAAGGAGUUCUAUGAGGAUUUCGGAUUCAAGCAGUCCGGACACCUGAAGGGUGUGGGGAAGAAGUUCGACAGGUGGAUCGAUACGGUGUACAUGCAGCUGUCUUUAUGA